AUGGUUGCUCGCUCCGGAACUCUGCCUAGAGGCGUGUGGUCUCCCGAAGCCAACGCAGCGCGCCAAGUUCCUGUGGAUAACGAUGCCGUGACGAAAGCAAUCGCUGCGUUGCCGCCUGCCCACGUUUUCCGUCGAGACUUGCUGGCGUAUUGUACGCUGCGCAACUUGAUACCUCACCCACAACUCCUUCCGUUGCAUCCUGAUGAAGAGGAACGUCUAGGUGCCGCGUCCAGCGAGGCUUCGUCCAGCAGCAACAUCUACGAUGUGAGUGAGGUGGAGCAGAUCUCGAUCAAGCACUGGCAGCUUGAUGAUGGGAACUGCCGCGGCCUGUGCUACGCCCUCCCGCUCUCAACGAAGGUUCGCUCGGUCUGUCUCUUUAAUGUAGGGUUAAGCAAGGAGCAGCUAGGACUACUGUGCUCGACGAUUCCGAAAACACACGUGACUGCUCUACAGUUGGAAUGGAAUCCUCUACAAGCAGGAGGAGAGGAGGACGCGUCGGAGAUAUUCGCCCAGCUGCUGACCGAGGGAUCUGCUCUGGUGUUCCUGUCGCUGCGAGCUAAUGGUAUCACCUCACGCGGAGCAUUGGCGCUUGCAAAAGCCGUCCGGAACAACAAGACACUCGAAGCUCUGAACCUGUUCCAAAAUUCGAUUGGAGAUGCUGGAGCACGUGCCUUCGCGCAUGCUCUACCGUUCAAUACGACGCUCAAGACGCUUUCCCUCGCUAACAACAAGAUCUCCGGAUGGGGAGCGAAGUUUCUCGUGGACGGGCUGACAAAGUACGCAGCUCCGCCGGAACUCCUGUCCGAACUAGACGCCGCAGAGAGUCAAAUUCAAGCUCAGAUGGACCAAGCCAAGAAGGCCAAGAAGAAAAUCGAUCGCGCGACGGUCAUCGCCCAGCUUGGAUUGCCCACGCUAGAAACUAUCGAUGGGGUACAGUUCGCACCCGGAAAUUCCACACUCGAGGAGCUUCUGCUCAGUGGCAACGUGCAGCUAGGCCCGGAUGAUAUCGAGACGCUGAGCGAGGCGCUUGACAACUUCCAACCAAAGCUUCAGGCCCAUCUGCGUUGUAUCAAACUACAGCGGCUACCGAGGCUGCAUGUCCCCAAAACUCAUGAACCGCAGCACGUCUCCGAGUUUAUCCUACUGUAA